GGACUCUUGAGAUUCUUAUAAAGGAUGCCACUUAUCAUUAGGCAUAACAGCUCGAAUUACAACUUACGAUUUGCUAAAUCGACCAGAAAUGCGAUCUCUAGCUCCUCUACACCGGCGCUUUCUUCUGAUCUUCAUCUUCUGCCUCAUAGGUGUGGUAUUAUAUUCUUCUUCGAACAAAUCUCUGUUACGUCUGCCUCACGUGUCGUCCGAGAGAGACCACAUUUGGCUAAUUGCGACAAUUUCUGCUGCACGUUCUCAGCGGCGUCGUAAUAUCAUCCGAGCAACCUGGCAGGCGUCGUAUCAGCAUCCAGCGAUUAUGACACGAUUUGUCAUUUCACACCCAGGCAAUCAUUGGAUGCCGCUCAUUCAACACGAAAAUGCUACGCAUGGGGAUAUCAUUAUGCUACCGCACCUCAAUGAGACAGCACAAGUUGCUAAUACUGUCAAAUCGAUUGAAUUCUUUAAGUUUCUCGCGUCGUGCGGGAACUCAUGGGAAUUUGUGUCUAAGAUAGAUGACGAUUCUUAUCUAGAUACUCGAGAAUUCUUCGAGGAAUUCAUCAAACCUCUGUUAGAAAAUCCCCAGCCGAAGAGAACAAUGAUUGGUCGCCGUCUCUACCACCACAACCCAGAUUAUGAGUAUGCGGGCGGUCAAUUCUACACGAUGUCUUGGGACCUGAUUAGUGUUUUUGCUCAGGUUUAUGAAAGUGAUCCUAUCCUUAACGAGCAUGAGGAUGUACUGAAUGGCGCGUUGUUGCACAAAGCUGGAGCAUCAUUUAAUUUUGUUAGUCUAGAUAACUCGAAGGCAUUCGACUAUGACAAUGAGCAAGACGAUGAGUAUGCCUGGGCACAUCGAAUUGGAGAAGGUGCUAUCAACCCUCAUAAGAUGAAGGAUGAUGAUACGUACCUUAUGGUUGCUGAAAUUUUCCGGCACCGUGAGCAUAAGUCUAGUGUGACCUACUAUUAACAAUCUAUAUGAUUUGACCAAGAAAUCGAUGCUGG